AAUGGUUUAGCAACUCUGUCGAAGUGGGUUCCAAGGGGUCUACAACAUCUACAUAGCUUGUGCGGGUGUGUGUUUGCGGCGUGUUUAGCGGAGUGCGAAAAACAGAUAUUCGGCUAUCUCACUAAACUCGUGUACACACGCUGACCGCGAUUAUGUGUUCUGGGCUUGGCUCCUAGCGUGUGCGUUCGUUGUGUCCCUCUGUAGAGUUGAAGCUCGCUGGAACAUCGCGGAAUGACAGCGUGAAGCGCCCGAAAGAGCGGUGGUGUCCCGUGAUCGUCGGAAGAUCAGACGCCGGCGCGACGUGUGUUGUCCAGCCCGUUGCUGACCAGGGGGGCGGUGUUCUGCCCCUGCGCACACAUGCGCCUCCGGGACUCGGCCUCCGAAAGUGCUCGGGGGCGUUGAUGCUGGCACGUGCUUGUUGUCGCUAGACCCGAGCGGCCUUCUUGACCAUGACGGCCGAUGCUAUGAUUCAAAACCAGGACGUGGCCUGCUACCUGGUCACGAAGUUGUCAUGGAAGGGAAAGUAUGCGCGGGUGUUCUCGGUGGGCACCCAGGGCAUCCGCACCUACAGCCUGCCCAACAUGGAGAUCACCAACCAGUGGAGCUAUGGUGACUUUCUGCGCAUCCAACCUUUGGGCUCGGGCCACGAGUUUUCCAUCACGUUCCGUAAGGGCCGCAAGGGCGAGAACAGCAUGCGAUUCCUCUCCGAGCACCGUGCUGAUAUCAUCACCCGCGCACUGGAUUUCAAGCAGCUGUUUGCUGAGCCAUGCAAGGAAACUGCGUCUUACCGGGCACGCAAGGUGCACUGGUCCGACAACGAGCAGACCGUGGAGCUGGAGUUGGGCUGCCAGGGUUUUGUGCAGCGAGAUCCUGCCCGGAAAGGCCGUGUCCUCGGGACAUACCCGUACCGGGACCUGCGAGGCAUGGCUGCCCUGUCAGAUAUACCAGGAGGACUGGUGCUUGCUACUGGACACGAACGCCUGCACAUAUUUAUUGUGGAAAAGAGGGAGGAGCUGAUGAAGCGUGCCGUCGACUGGGCCAGCCACCACGUGGGGGUCCAGCUGUCGUUCCGCGAGCCGAUGACGCGGCCGGCAGCAAGAGAAGCCCGCCUUGGCCGGUACAGCACUGAUGAGGCACUCACAUCUCUAUGCGAAUUUGUGGUUCACAAGAUUUCUCCACGUCACGAGGAUCCUGCGAGACGCCUACUGUGCCUCACGGAGAGCUGCCUGCUGGAACGGGACCCUUCGACAUACACAGUGGUCACUCUGAGGCCACUAGCUGACGUGUGCCGCAUUGUCCGGUCAAGAGAUCAAGUGCAACAGUUUUCCAUCGAAUAUGCUCAGGGAGAUGCUCGCCACUACAGUUCCAGUGAUCGGGAUGCACUGCUAGCCACAUUGCUGGACGGUGUGCGUGCCUCGGGCAAUGGAGACGUGUUGGUAUCCGGCCAGGCAGGCCAGUGGGGACGAGGCCGACGGGUGGGGCCCCUCGGUUGCCCACCCGACGAGGACGUCGAGGCCACCUACUUGCGUAUGCUCCACACGCCACCACCUGUCGGUAACUGGAGCUAUUCCGAGAUUCUACUUCGCUUCAACAGCAACGUGCCUUACAGUGGGCUCCUGAACACUGCUACCAAAGAGGGCUUCUUUGCGGAGAACAAGGAGCGGCAGGUGCAGAAUGCCCUGGUGUCGGUGUUGGACCAGGAGGUGCCCUUGGAGAUGAUUGAAGCCCAGCUCCAUGCCUUGAGGCGCCUGUUUGCCUCCAAGCCUGGCUUCGCUGCCUUCAACCAGAUUUCGAGGGUUCGGGAACGAGUCGGUCUGCUGGUUGUCAAGGCUCUCAAGCUGGAUGACGUUGGCGUGGCCCACGCGACCAUCGACAUGCUGUGCGCACUUAUGCAGCCAAUGCACGACAAUGGUGACCUCUACCACGAGCAGCAGAACAAGUGGGCGUUGUUGUCUUCAAAGGGCUUCCUCGAGACCUUGCUGUCUAGCUUUGUACAACAUGUGGAACGGGGCACAGGGGCCCUGGUAGUGAGUGCCUUGCUGGACCUGCUGACGUUUGCCAUGUGCCCACCAUACAGCGAGACAACAGAUGGUGCACAGUUCGAUUCACUACUUGAGCUCGUGGCCUCUCAUGGGCGUGUGGUUUUCCAACUCUUCCAGCAUCCAUCAGUUGCUAUCGUGAAGGGAGCAGGCCUGGUGAUGCGUGCUAUCAUAGAGGAGGGAGAUGCAGAGACCUCGCGGCGCAUGCAAUCUCUGGCACUGGCUGAGGCGGCACUUCCACGACACCUGCACGGCGCCCUCUAUGGUGGCGGUCAGGAGUCCCGGCUGAUGGCCCUGCGGCAGCUGUGUCGCCACCUGGUGGGUCUGUGGGUCUCUGGCCACGAAGCGGCCAUGGCAGCACUCAAGCGCAUGCUCCCGCCCGGCCUGCUAGCCUUCCUCGAGGACCCCAACAAGCCACCGGCCGAUGCCUCAGUUCCCCGCCCUAGAGACAACCUGCGUCUGGCAAACGAUCAUUCGAGCAGCCGGGCACCCUCAAAGGCCUUGCAGCAGUUAAAAGCAGUGGAGAGGCAGGUGGACAAGUUCCUCCAGCACUGGAGGCAGCGGACACCGGCCUCCAACGCGAACGACACGGUGCGGCCCAUCGUCCUCCGCAAGCGACGGCAGCGUGUCCGCGUCGAGGCCAACUGGCCCAUGUUCUACUACCAAUUCUACCAAGACCACGCUCGUCCGGACCUCAUUUGGAACUUCAGGACACGAGAGGAACUGCGAGAUGCACUAGAGGCCGAGCUGCGCAGCUUCUGUCAAGAUCGGUCGGUGUGUGGUGCCGGCCUGCCCGUGGCCUGGAACCACUGGGAGUUUGAGGUGCUCUACCCGAGCCUGCAGGAGGAAGUGCGUGUGGGCGACUACUUCCUGCGACUGCUUCUCGAGGACGAACAGCCUGCUGACGGUGCCUCGGCUUCCUACAUCCGCCGCUCAUCUGAGUUCUUCAACGACCUGUACCAUGCCUUCCUGCUGGCAUCGGACCCGACGCGGCGGUGCCAGUGCCUUCAAGCCAUGGCGCUCGUCUAUGGCCGCCACUACAUGGACAUAGGACCGUUCAAUGACACCAAGCACAUACUCAGCAAACUGGACAAGUGUAUGGACCGGAUGGAGAGAGACCGCUUGCUCAUUUUUCUGAGCAAGUUGAUCCUUCACAAGCGAAAUGUCAAGGAACUCUUGGAUGCUGGUGGCCUGACUACCCUGGUGGAGCUGGUGACUCUGGCUCAUCGGCACGUCAGCCGUGCACUUGUCCCAACACAGAUGAAUGUCAUAGAGGCAUCACCUGACACGGUUCUGUGCCUGGAGAAGGAGUGGCACGUAGGUGGUGAGGACAAGGACCGACAGGGGCCCUAUGGAUACGAUCAGUUGCAGGAGAUGUGGGCUGAGGGCAAGCUCACCGCGCGGACGCUGUGCUGGGCACAGGGGAUGGCCGGCUGGCAGCCUCUUGUGCGCGUGGCUCAGCUCCGCUGGGGCUUGCUUGCCUCGGGGCAGGCCUUGCUCAACGACGGGGAGCUCGCAGCAACCGUACUCUCUGUCCUCUCGUCCAUCUGCUCCUUCUACCCGUCACGUGACUCGGACGGGGCUGUGGUGCGCCCCAUACCCCGUGCCAAGCGGCUCCUCUCCGAACGCUCCAGCCUCGUUCACAUUGUACAGAUUCUGCUGACCUUUGACCCUGUUCUGGUGGAGAAGGUUGCCCAGCUGCUGUUGCAGGUCAUGGAGGAGAACCCUGCGGUGCAGCAACUUUAUGCCACGGGUUUCUUUUACUUUGUUCUCCUUUACACUGGCUCCAACCUGCUCACAAUUGGUGAACUUUUGCACAAGGCCCACACCUGCCAAGCACACCGCUUCGACGAGGGUAGCUCACUCACGCAGCGCAGUAUUCUGGGACCCUUGCUACCAGAAGCUAUGGUGUGCUAUCUUGAGAACCAUGGAGCGGCCAAGUUUGCCGAGAUUUUCCUUGGCGAGUUUGACACGCCCGAAGCCAUCUGGAAUGCAGAAAUGAGGCGCUUCAUGAUGGGCAAGAUUGCAAGCCACAUCGGGGACUUCACGCCGCGACUCAAGUCCAACACUCGUGCCCAGUACGACUACUGCCCGAUACCGCCUGUGCGUUACCCACAGCUGCAGAACGAGCUCUUCUGCAACAUCUACUACCUGCGGCACCUGUGCGACAUUCAGCGCUUCCCGGAGUGGCCCAUCAAGGACCCUGUGGCACUACUGCGAGAUGUGCUUGAGCGAUGGCGACAGGAGCUGGAUCGCAAGCCGCCGCCGCUGUCCAUGGAGGAAGCCUGUGCAACCCUGGGCGUCACACAGGAGCAGAAGUCAGAUGACUCGGUUAUUCGGCGUGCCUACUUUCGACUUGCUCAAAAGUAUCACCCUGACAAGAACCCAGAAGGAAGGGAGCAGUUUGAAAAGGUCAACAAGGCGUACGAGCUGCUUUCCGACAAGACUCAGCGCUGCUCCGACGGGCCCGACCCCAUCAACCUUCAGUUGCUGCUGAAGACUCAGGCCAUACUCUUCAGCCGGCACGCUAAAGAGCUGGAGCCGUACAAGUACGCUGGCUACGGGCUGCUGCUGCGGUUAAUGGAGUCGGAGUUGGACGACCCCCAGCUGCGGAGCAAGGCCACGCCCUUGCUGGGCGUUGCCACCGAGACUGCCUGGCACACGCUGCGCUGCUCGCCGCUCAACGUUGAGGAGCUGCGCAGAGAGGGCGGCCUGCAGCUGUUGGAGCGUGCACUGUCGUGCAGCGUGGAGAUGCUAAGCCACAGCUCCCAGAAGGGUGCCCUGGAGGUGGAGGUGAUGAUGCACACAGCACACUGCCUGGGCGUGGCUGCACAGUUCCCAGCCUGUCGGCAGGCCCUGGCGACCAUGCAGGGGCUGUCCAGGGACCUUUGCCGAGGACUGUACUUUGAUCACCUCUCGGAGCUGUGCUUGGCCCUGGUGCGGUGCGUAGGCGCCCUGGCGGUGGAAAGUGCUCUGCAGGCCCAGCUGCUGGCAGCCGGUGCCCUCUUUCACCUCCUUCUGUCUGCGUUCCACUACGACUACACGCUGCGUGAGGGGGGUGUUGAGAGCGCUCUCGAGACCAACCAACAGGAAGUUGCCAAUCGAUUGGCUGAAGAAAGCAUCGGUGCGUGUGCUCGGCUGGCUGGCUUGGACGAGGCGUGCCCACCCAACGCAGUCGCUCGCUCGGCCCUGUCCGCGCUGCUGACUCCGUACCUGGCCAGAAAGCUGGGCGUGUUGCCAGCCCCCGAACUGCUGCGUAUUUUGACUGCCAACACGGAAAACCCUUACCUGCUCUGGGACAAUGCCACCCGCGCCGAGCUUCGGGAGUACCUGCGCGAGCAGCAGCGCUCGGUCGUGCGAUCGGGCGAAUGUGACGAGUCGUAUGGUGCCAACUUCGUGUACAGUGCCCACAAAGAAGAGCUGGUGGUGGGCGAGAUAUUCGUGCGGAUCUACAACGAGCAGCCCACUUUCCCACUAGAGAACCCACGCCAGUUUGCCCUGGACCUGCUGGACUUUGUGGGCUCCCAGGCGCAGUACCUGCAUUCAGCUCGCUCCCUGGACGAUAACAAUGUUGGGCCGGCAAGCGGUGGCAUCCAGCGGGUGGCACAGACGGAGCAAGCUCUCCAGGCCUUGCACAACGUGCUGCGCAACAAUCCUGGUCUGGAGAGCCUUUGCGUCGGCCACUUCCGGUUGCUCUUCUGCCUUCUCAGUCUGGACGGCUGCCGGGGUCUGCAGGCAGUCACCGUGCAGGUGAUCCAAGCACUGACGGGAAGCCAAGAGUGCGUGAGCGACAUUGCCAAUUCGGAGGUGCUUGUCUACCUGCUGUUGGUGCUGGUAACCUUCAAGCAGGCUGAACAGAGGCUCGUGGUGCUCGACACACUUCUUCCGCUGGUUUCCAACAGUCGUCUCGUAAAGGAGGCCAUUGCAAAAGGUGCGGUGGUAUACCUGCUGGACCAGUGGUGCAAUGGCACGGACGAGACGCUGCGUGAGCGAGCGGGGGAGUUGUUGGCCAAGAUGGCAGCCGACAAGCUCCACGGCCCCAUGGUGCGUAGUACGGCUGGUCGCUUCCUGCCAACCGUUUUCUUAGACGCCAUGCGCCAGGGCCCCAAGGAGGCCCUACACGUGUUUCAAGCCCAGCAAGAGAACCCCGAACUUGUCUGGAAAGAGGAGACGAGGCAACGGCUAUGCCAGACAGUGCGCCGCAUGGCCCUAGAGCAGUGGAACCUCCAAAAACAAGACCCCAAGGCCAAUUGCAAGCUGCCAGCGGAGUUCAGCCUGGUCGAGGAAGACCCAUCGGAGCUGGUGGUGGCGGGUGUCUACGUGCGCCUGUUUGUGCAAAAUCCAGGCUGGACGCUACGCCGGCCGCUCGAGUUCCUCACCGAGUGCCUCGACCGCAUCUGUGGCCUCCUCGCCAAGGAGCCCCUCGAAUCCGACAAGGAGGAAGGUAGUCCGUUGGAGCAGCUGUGCACGGCCGCCUGCGGUGUGCUUCAGGGUCAGCCAAACCUGCGGGAGCGGCUACCCGUGCUCGGGCACCUGCCCCAGCUGUGCCAAGCAUUGGCACGCAGGCCAGGCCUUCCAGGCUGUCUUCGCAUUCUACACCAGGCUAGCUCCAGCCAGGCCUGUGCACAGUCGGUGGGCGUGGCCUGCCUAGACCCUCUUGGUCGAUCGCUGUCGUGCCCCGAAUCAGCCCAGCUAGCCUGCCAAACGCUGCUGGGGCUGUGCCAAGCAUCCGUACCUGGCCUCGUUCAACAGGCUGUGCGUGGGGGUCUGGUGGAGCAGCUGCUUAAUCUUUUGGGCAAGCCAUCGACCAGCGCGACGACCAAAGCACACGCUGUGCAAGCACUCAAGGCCAUGGCAGCAGACAUGGCCAGUGGGGACCAGGUGAACAACCUUCUCGGCCAGUCCACCAUCUGGUCUGACUAUAAGGAUCAGAAGCACGACCUCUUCAUGGCACCUGCAGCUACGGCUGGCUACUUGCCCAGUGCUGGGACGGCCAUUGCUGGCUACCUGACGCAAGGUUCGAGCCAGCACAUGCCACAGACGCCGCCACCACUGGGCGAGAGCUGAUGCCCGCUGCUGGGACUCACACGCAAAACAAACGUGCCUUCCACUGUGAUGUUGGGGUCGCUGCCAAACCCUGUUCCUAUCUGGUCCAAAGCUGUGCGGGGGAGUGCGAUGUCUGCGUGAAGGCGUGACUCACAGAACACAAGCGGGCCUGGCAAAAGGAGGUCCCUCCCGGCAUAAGCCACUUGGCAACUAGGCCAACUCGCCACUACCGUACCUUUAGCGUACAUCUCGGCACUGGCGAGGAACGAGUGGCUUGUUUUCCGUCUCGCGCCAAAACUCUCACCUCCCCUCGCGUCCCGAAUUGGUGCUGAAGCACUCGCCGGAACGACGUUUUAAGCCAAAGGAGUGAGGCUGCCACGUCGUUUCCUUCUCCUCCUCCUUUGGUCAUCGUGCUGUGUGGUUUGUAAUGCUCGCCAAUGCAACGAGUCUCUCGCGGCGUUAUCAAAGUGUCGGCCACACGUCGAGCGACCCACAGACGCGUCCGAUUUGUACCAGUUUUGUUUGCCUUUGUAAUUUUAAUGUUGUUAUCUUUCAACGUUUCUCUUGCUUUGUUUUUUUUUCUAGCUGUGGAUGCAAAGUUGAAGAAAAGUAGGGGCUUUAUAAUGCUGGCCGGUGCUGUCAAGGAAAGAGUAGUUUUACAAUGGCCGUCGGUAGGCACCUGUUUCUGUAUAUUGUCCGUCAUUUUUGGCUACAUUCUGAGAGUGUGGAUGUGAUGCUUAUUGUGAAAUGCUUGUGCGUGUUUUGAAACCGGUUUGCAAUAAAGACAUUCCCCUUAC